AUGGGUAAAUCACACAAUCCAGUGAAAAAAAUUUGGGAAAUUCCGGAAAUAGAGGGAGAUUUUCCUCGUGGUUCAAAAUUCCCAUACAGGACAAAGACGUUUGUUUUGGUGUUACGCGUAAUGCCGUUAAACAACAAGAGAUGUGUAAUUGAAGCUACUGACUUUACUGCAAAUAAUCAAAUAAGUGAUGAAGUUGGUGAAGAUGAGAAAGAUUACAGAUUUUUGAAGGUUGACGAAAAUAAAGUGCUCCGAAUCAUUGGCUAUCGGGAUAAAUUUCUAAAUUUAUGCCGGUUGUACGAGACGGCGUUUCCUGAUAAUAAGAUUGAUUUAGCAGAAAACAAUCCCGAUGGAGGUUUUCUGAGGGUACUUGAUGAUAAAUUAUUAAUUAUGAGUUUAACUCUCAAGUGGAGAGAAUAUAAUGGUAAAUUAGAGCCAUAUGCUUACGAUCCAGACGUUGUUGAAUGGGACUGUCUUGAAGAACAUGAAAAACCAGUUGUGUCAGCUCUAUACAAAAAGAUAUUGAAAAGAAAGCAAUACAUUAAGUCACUUGAAGGGUUAGAAAAAGUGAUAAUUCCCGAAGAGUUUACAAAAAAUGUGUUUAAUGAUGAUGACGAUGAUGAUAUUUCAGAAAUGUCACUGUUUGAAGAUGACCUGGUGGAACAGAGCCUUGUGGAACUGGACCAAGUUUCUCAAGUCUAUCAAUAUGGUAAUAAUGAAGUAGAUGAUAGCGCUAUGGAUCACAAUCAUAUAGCCAAUUCGAUAGAACGAGAUUUGUCUCGAGACCAGAAUGGUGUUGGUGGCUAUUCCCCCUUACUACAUGCUCCACGAAGUGUUAUUGAAGUCCCCAUCUCUUUUGAAAGUGGAAAUCUCGAUGGCAGGCAAAAAUCCCAAGAGGCAAGACACAAACGAGCUAAGGCAGAGCUUGAAUUUCAAGAAGCGGCAAAAAGAUCAAAACAGGAGUCUUCUACCCCCGAUGAGAAUGAAACUCGUGAUGUCCGAACGCAAAAUAAUAAUAUAGUGGGAACAAAAAGGAUAUCUAGUGCUAAAAGCAGUGAAGAUGGACUGUUUUUCAGGAUCGAUGAAUUGAACAAAUUGGACAAUACUGUUGAUGGCAAAACGUACAAUGUCGUGUGUGAAAUCUUACAUGCUACUCCUUCAGACAAAGAAUGGUUUUCUUAUAGAUCUUAUGAAGUAAAUCCACUUACUCAAGAGAAAGAAUUGAGUCAUACUAGACUACAAGGUAUCGAAUUCAUCAUCACUGAUGCUGCGAAACCAAACAAUCAUGAGUUGCUGGAAGGUGAAUAUUUAUCUAUUUAUCUUGAUGGAGAUCAAGUAUUAGCUUUGACAAAGACUAAUUGCGUGACUAGAAAAUUACUCAAUUUUGCUUGGGACAAUACUCACGAUGAUGCUAUUAUGAUAUUGAAAUUGUGCAAAGUGCAAAGAGAAGUCGUCGUAUGGACUGUCCAAUGGUGA